GGAGCAGGGAGAGGGAGCGUGCGCAGUCGGGUCCUCCUCCUCCCUUCCCCCCCUCCACUCAGCCCGUCGGUUAACGGACGUGCGGGCGGGCGCCUUUUUUUGAAUUGUAUGGAGACCCAUAUAUAAUCACAGAGAAAACCGACCGAGCUCUGGAAGACUUCGAGAUGGAGGCUGGAGGUGACAGCUCUGCAGAGACACAGGAGGACUCCGUUGCGGAAGAGGAGGUGGACGAGGACGAAGAGGAGGAGGACGACGAGGAGGAGGAGGAGGACGAGGACGAGGACGACGAUCGGUCCCACUGCACCCACGAGUCUGCCGAGCUGCUGGAGGAGUGGACCGCGGAGGCUGAGGGGGGCGGGGAUGGUGAGGAGGAGCUGGAGAGGCCCCGGCACAGGCCCAGGCCCCGCCGGCGCCCCCCGGCCGCCCCCCCAGCCUCGGCGGGUCCCGGGCGUCCCAAGAGCUACAUAUGCAACGAGUGCGGCCGCACCUUCAACAAGUACUCCAACUACAAGCAGCACCUGCGGGUGCACUCGGGGGAGAAGCCCUUCACCUGCUCGGCCUGCGGCAAGGACUUCAACCUGCUCUCCAACCUGCGGCGCCACGAGCGCACCCACACGGGCGAGCGGCCCUUCCAGUGCCCCACCUGCCGCAAGGGCUUCAGCGAGCUGUCCAGCCUGCGGCGCCACGAGCGCACCCACACGGGCGAGCGGCCCUUCACCUGCCCCUUCUGCGCCAAGGGCUUCAGCCAGUCCUCCAUCCUGGUCAUCCACCAGCGCACCCACACCGGCGAGCGCCCCUUCCGGUGCGGCGAGUGCCAGCGGGGCUUCAGCGAGCCCUCCAGCCUGCGGAGCCACCUGCGCACCCACACCGGCGAGCGCCCCUUCCGGUGCGGCGAGUGCCAGAAGGCGUUCCGGCACUCCUCCAGCCUGCUGCAACACCAGCGGGGCCACCGGGGCGAGAAGCCCUUCAAGUGCCCCCUGUGCGGCAAGGGCUUCACCAAGUCCUCCACCCUGGCCCAGCACCGCAGCACCCACAGCCAGGAGCGGCCCCACAAGUGCCCCGUCUGCCAGCGGGGCUUCUCCCGGGCUUCCGUCCUGGGCCGGCACCAGCGCGUCCACGCCUGGGAGGGGCCCCGCAUCUGCGCCGACUGCGGCGGCCAGUUCAAGACCUCCGCCGGCUUCCACGGGCACCAGUGCGCCCCAGCGGGGAAAGAGACGCCGGCGCCCAGCUGAUCCCCUCCCUACACCACCCCACCCCCCCCCCAACUCGGAACCUUCCCGACCCUUUCGUCCGUCCCAUUUUCCGCCCCCCCCCCCGACUCCCCGGUUGACGUGCUGGGGGGGGGGGGUGGAGGUGUCGGGGGAGAGAGCAGGGCCCCGCACUGUCUCGGAUAGGUCCCCCAAUCCUCCACCUGGCCCCGCAUGGCCUCUUAAGGGAAUGGUGGGCCCCGUCUCUCACCCACACCGCCCCUCCCCCCCACCAACUGCUCCACACCCCCAACGCACGUGCCUCCAAAGCCCCCACCCAACCCCCACUCUAUCUCCCUGCCCCCACAUAUCUCCUGUCUUGGAUAGGUCCCCCAAUCCUCCACCUGCCACCGCGUGGCCUCUAAUGAAACAGUGGGCCCCGAUUCUCUCUCUCUCUCUCCCCCACACCCCCAACGCACGUGCCUCCAAAACCCCCACCCAACUCCCACUCUAUCUCUCCCCCACCCCCAACCCAGCCCCUGUCUCGGAUAGGUCCCCCAAUCCUCCGCCUGGUCCCGCGUGGCAUCUAAGGGAAUGGUGGGCCCCGUCUCUUUCACUCCCCCCUCCACACCCCCAACGCACGUGCCUCCCAAGCCCCCACCCACCUCCCCACUCUC